UAUAUCACUCCCACUCAUCAUAUAUAUAUAUAUAUAGAUAUACAAACACUUCUCUUCUUCUCCCCUCACUGGUUUCCAGUCUCCGACAACAGACCACAAGCCCCCCCCACAGUUUCUCCAUAUAUACUCCCCCAAAAACCCACUUCCCAGCUCCCCACCACUCUUCUAAAACUUCACCGUUCGCGUCUGAAGAAUACAGAUGAAGAGAGAGAUGGGGGGUUCAGUAAAACUCAGCGCAACGAUCACGGCGUUGGUGAUGGUGAUGGUGAUGGCGAUGGGAUCGGAAGCCCGGGAGCUGCGGCCUUCCGAUCACGGCCUGGUGUACACGCCGGCGGGGAACACGUCGGCGGCGCCGGAGGAGGCGAAGUCGUUCUUCAGCGGAGGAGGAGGAGGAGGAGGAGGAGGAGGAGGGGGAGGAGAGUCGGGAGGGGUGGCAUUGCCGAAGGCGAUGAACUCGAACGACACGUCGUGGUGGGAGGGAGUGAACGCACGUGGGCGGGGGAGGGAUCACGUGAGGGACGUGCUGGUUGUGGUGAGCUUGAUUUGUGGGAUUACAGGUGUCGUUCUCUUUGUGGCCUCCGCUUUUGUUUAUCUCUUGAGGUACCGAAAGCGCAAAGCUUCAUCCCUUCCUUCUUCCUGAAGCUUGGUGAUGACGCAAUAAUCACGGGUUCGUCGGAUCUCUGUUUUUUGUUUCCCUUUAAUUUUCCACUGCUAUUUGCUAAUUUUAUGUUUUUCAUGUAUAUGUAAAUAAACUAAUUAAAGGUAGAUCAGGUUUUGAGAUGUUUGAUUAGUCCCAUUUCUGGGAAGUUUGGGUUUGAUCGGUUAUUAUUAGGAAACAUUUCAUGAAAUUCUUCUGAUUUAGUAUGUAUCACAUCAGUUUGAUGUUGGAGAUAGUUUUUGAA